CGCGAUCUAGCGAAGUUUGUCCCCUCCGCGGCUCUGUAGGCAGGUCAUGUAACCAGGAAGUGUAUCUGACGCUGCUGUGUCUUGUUGAUUUCUGGGGUUUAGGCUGCACCCGGGCCGGGUCAGUUUAAAACUGGCACAAUGAAAGUGGGCUCGUCGGUCCUAGCCUGCUGCUGUCUGCUGAUCCAAGUCCUCGGACUGGCUCUGUUUCUUCGCGGCUUUUUCCCAGUCCCGGUCAGGUCGCAGUCCAGGAAAAGCAGCAGCUCAGAGAUCCCAGCGGAGCCCGCAGCAGGAACAAAGUCUAACUGGACCGAUCUACCACCACCUCUUUUCAAAAAGACAGUCAUCCUCCUCAUAGAUGCGUUGAGAGAAGACUUUGUGUUUGGACCAAAAGGCAAAGAGCAUAUGCCUUAUAUGAGACAACUUCUAGAAAGGGGAACAACGCACAGCUUUAUAGCAAAAGCAACAGCUCCAACUGUUACUAUGCCUCGAAUCAAGGCUCUGAUGACAGGCAGUAUACCAGGAUUCAUCGAUGUUGUCUUGAAUCUAAACUCACAGGAAUUAUUGGAGGACAACUUGAUAUGGCAAGCUAAAAAAGCAGGCAAAAGAAUAAUAUUCUAUGGUGAUGACACAUGGGUCAGACUUUUUCCAAAGCAUUUUGUGGAAUACGAUGGAACCACUUCUUUUUUUGUCUCAGAUUUUACAGAGGUUGACAACAAUGUUACUAGGCACUUGGAUGUAAUUCUAAAGAGAAAUGAUUGGGAUAUACUUGUUCUUCACUAUCUUGGUUUAGACCAUAUUGGACAUUUAACUGGGCCACACAGUCACUUGGUGGGACCGAAACUUUAUGAGAUGGACGUUGUUUUGAAAAAAAUUCAUAGUUCAUUAGUUUCAAAGGAAGAAGAUACAUCCCUUCCCAGUUUAAUAGUCGUCUGCGGUGACCAUGGCAUGUCAGAAACGGGCAGUCAUGGGGGCUCAUCUGAUGAGGAAGUCCAGACGCCACUUGUGUUAAUAAGCUCUGCUUUUGAAAGGAACAGUGGUACCUUUAAAGUCCCGGAGGUUGUGCAACAAACUGACCUAGCCCCCACUUUAGCGAUAGGUCUCAGCUUUCCUAUCCCCAGAAGCAGCCUGGGAAUGCUGAUACAUCCAAUUGUUCAACAAAAGCCAAUGAGAGAACAACUCCGAUUCUUACAUUUAAAUGGACAUCAGCUCUGCCGACUUUUGAGUGAAAACAUAGAUGCUUCCGAUAGAGAUGCUGGAGUUGAGCAGUUUAAGAAGGCAGAAAAAGCCCAUGGGAAUUGGAUUAAACUUUACCUGGAAGGAAAUACCUCUGAAGUGCUCACAAAUUUAGGCAGAAAAGUUAUUAAGCAAUAUUUAGAAGCACUGAUGAAAUUAAGCACUUCCUUGAGCAAGCAAGUUGCAGAAUAUGACAUGUACUCAAUGACCAUUGGCGCAAUCAUUACUCUUGAGAUUUUCUUCCUACUCCUUCUCGGUGUCCCGAAUGCUUUGUGCAGCCGUGCUGAAUUUAAUGUCCCCCUCUUUUCCCCAUUGUACUCUCUGAUGUUUUACAUGCUGUGCCUUGCACUCUCAGCAGUUCACGUCGUAGUGUGUACAUCCACUGAAAAUGUGUGCUUUUUCUGUAGCUUAUCGUGGGUUACAGCAAUAGGGAUUAUGAUACUCAUUUCUGCCCUUUGCUGUAUUAUUCUAUCUACAUUUGGAAUGAUGCUGGCAAAAGCAACAUCACCCACAAAUAGGCAAGACUCUGUAUCCUUGUGGUCUGAGCUAGACAUCCUUCUUUUAAUGGGAACCGUGGGUCACGUGUUAAGUAUGGGAGCGAGUAGCUUCAUUGAAGAGGAACAUCAGACUUGGUAUUUCCUAGUCAACACGCUUUGCCUAGCUUUGGCUCAAGAAAUGUGUAGGAAAUAUUUCCUUGUAAAAAAGGGUCAUAUGGACUUCUCGGAGCACACAAGUACUAAAAAUGACAGCACAUACACAGAUGAAAUCUAUGAUAUUCACAAGAAGGAGUUAAGGGGAAAACAGCAAACAAUACUAGCAAGUUUUAUAAGAAAAAAUGAAAAAUGGAUUGCACUGUCCAGCCCAUGGGCUAUUCUAGUAUGCUGCAGAUUACUACGUUCAUUAAAUCAGACUGGAGUACAGUGGAUCCAUAGACCAGAUUUUGGACACUGGUUAACAAGCACUGAACACAAAGCUGAAUUGUCAUUUUUGGUUGCAGUCUCCUUGAUCAUGAUAUUUAUUUUAAUUCAAGGACGAUGCUCUUUUGUAUCAAAAGCUGCCUUGGCAUUUGGACUCUUAGGAGUCUAUAGUUACAGAGCAGCCAUUGGACAUGUUUUAUAUCCUUGGCAACAAAGCUCAAUAGAGAUUUCAAAGGGAAUCACAGAAGCUCGUUUUGUUUAUAUAUUUGUUCUUGGUAUGCUCAUUACGGGAAUCAAAGACUUAAUUAAAUCCCAUCUCAUAUAUACAGACUCCAACACAAAGAAUGUGGGUUUGUGGGAGGUUUAUUGUGGGUUAGUUCUCUUGGCAGCACUUUUAUUUCGGCCACACAACCUGGCAGUGCUGGUGUUCUGCCUCUUGAUUCAGACUACUCUUACUAUGUUCAUCUGGAAGAUACUGAAAUAUGAUGCAGCUCAAAUCACCAUCAUGCACUACUGGUUUGGACAAGCCUUCUUCUUUUUCCAGGGAAACUCAAACACCAUUACUACUGUGGAUAUUUCAGCUGGUUUUGUUGGUCUGGAUAACUAUGUUGAGUUACCAGCAAUCAUCCUUACAGCAUUUGUCACAUACAGUGGGCCUUUGCUUUGGUCUGUACAUUUACUGUGCUACCUAAGCUCUGAGACAAACAGGGUCUCUACUUCUAUAGCUCACGGCUGUUACUGCUACGCAAUAAUUCGCUCCCUCCCAGUCACAGUCUACAUUAUUCUAGUCACAGCUCUUCGUUAUCACUUGUUCAUAUGGAGUGUUUUUUCCCCAAAGCUGCUUUAUGAAGUAAUACACUUAUUUAUAUCAGUUGGUGUAUGUCUUACAUUCACUGCCGUGGACAAGAACCAGACGGUAAAGCCAUAAGAAGAGAGACUUUGAAAGAAACCGGCUUUGAUCUUUUUUUUUUUUUUUUACCUCUCCAGGUUUUCUGAACUACACAUAACUUGUAAAUAAAUUAUUAUUUUUAAACAAAUCUAUUACAGUUUUGUAUAGUUU